GGAAGCGGCGAGGCGCCGAGGUGCAGCCCGACCGCCGGCCCCGCCAUGCCCUACGCCAACCAGCCCACGGUGCGCAUCACGGAGCUGAGCGACGACAACGUCAAGUUCAUCAUCGAGAACACCGACCUGGCAGUCGCAAAUUCCAUCAGGAGAGUGUUCAUAGCAGAAGUUCCCAUUAUAGCUAUAGACUGGGUUCAGAUUGACGCCAAUUCGUCAGUGCUGCACGAUGAGUUCAUUGCACACAGGUUAGGUCUGAUCCCACUUACCAGCGACGGUGUGGUUGAUAAGCUGCAAUAUUCCAGGGACUGCAACUGUGAUGAGUUUUGUCCCGAUUGUUCGGUGGAGUUCUCUCUCGAUGUCCGGUGCAACGAGGACCAGACCCGGCAUGUCACAUCUCGGGAUUUGAUCUCCAACAACUCCCAAGUUAUACCGGUGACAUCCAGGAGAAGGGACAAUGAUCCCAAUGACUACGUUGAACCAGAUGACAUCCUGAUUGUCAAGCUACGCAAAGGCCAAGAGCUAAGGCUCCGGGCCUAUGCUACGAAGGGCUUUGGUAAGGAGCAUGCCAAGUGGAACCCCACAGCAGGUGUGGCCUUUGAGUACGAUCCAGACAACGCCCUGCGUCAUACAGUCUACCCCAAGCCCGAGGAAUGGCCAAAGAGUGAAUAUUCUGAAAUUGAUGAAGAUGAAGCCCAGGCUGCCUAUGACCCCAACGGGAAGCCUGAAAGGUUUUACUACAAUGUGGAGUCCUGUGGUUCUCUGCGUCCUGAGACCAUUGUGCUCUCGGCCUUAUCAGGCCUGAAGAAGAAGCUGAGCGAUCUCCAAACUCAGUUGAGUCAAGUGAUCCAGAAUGAAGUGUUGACCAUAAACUGAUGUUAGUUAACUGCUUGGAACAACCCUGGUUUCUGGGAAUGAUAAAAGCAGCCGAGAUCAGAAGCGGGCCUAAUUUGAUCAGCGGAAACUCUGCCUCUAAAUCCGAUACGCAUUGGUGUUUUUCUCUUGCUAACUUUGGGUCAAAACAGUAUUGCUUGUUGUAAAUCAGUGUUUGUCAACCUCAGCCAUUUUAAAAUAUGUGGACUUUGAAUCCCAGAAUUUCCUGGCCACCAUAAUGCAUGGACUUUAACUC